AUGAGACCAUCCUCCGAAAAGUCCGAUCCCGAUGUCGAGCGAUCGUCGGUUGACGCCGUCGACGAUCGGCCAGGCGAUACCGCGCAUGAGCUCGAGUUGGAGCGCAUCCAUACAUAUCGGUUACAGCAGCAAUUGACCGUGGGAUCGAGUCGGAGUCGCACGCCGCGCGACCGAUGGCUGCCUAUGGGCGCCGGCAAGCCGUAUCCGCCUUCGCUGCCCGAGUCGGAGGGAUUCGUCGUCGAGUUCGAGGGCGCCGACGACCCCAUGCACCCGCAGAAUUGGCCCAUGAAGAAACGGUAUGUCAACCGGCAGACUCCCUCAGCCCGAGAGGAGGGGAUUGGGGGACUGAUCGUGGAGCUGUGA